AUGGAUGCAGUGUCCGGUAGUUGGUUCCUGAACUGGACCAGUGCUGCUGAAGAGGAAUGGAAUCUGGAGUGUCACGGUGGCGCUUCUCUCAUGUUCGGUCUCAUGUUUAUCAUGGCUCAUUCAUUCAUGUUCAGUCCGCUGGCUGAGCUGUUCUCCGCCUUUCCACGCCUGCAGAUGCGCACCAGUCACAGCCAUCAUGCUCACCGUCUUCUCCUCCCUGCGCCGUGGGGCGUGUCUGGAGGUAGCUCUCAAGGUCACAUCUGCAUUCUUGUUUCUUUUCUUUUCUUUUUUAUUACAUAUUAUUAUUGA